AUUGUAAAUUAGACAUUGUCUUUGAACUUUUUUUAUUUGAUCCUGUAAACUACGGACGACGCAAUAAAACUCUUAAUCUCAUAAAUCACAUAAAAUGGAUGAUGAAUGGGAUGACGCUUCUGAGAUGGUAGUGCCUCCUCCGACUACAACCUUCAAUAGCUAUGAAGAUUCAACGAUUGAUGCUGGUCACAGUUUGUCUCGAGGCAGAGGUUUUCAGUCAUUUGAGGACAAUGACUUUGAGAAGGAUGUAAGUAACAGCUUUGGUGAUAGGCGGGGUCGAGGAGGGAGGGGGGGUGGCCGUGGACGCGGGGGACGAGGUGGUCGAGGGGGCAGUCGACCAGACUAUGAAACAAAUGGUGACAGUUACGAUGACAAAGAUAGGGGCGACAGGGGUGAAAGGGGCAGAGGUAGAGGGCGGGGGGGUCGCGGGGGUGGACGCGGUGGCGGUGGCGAUAGAGGCGACAGAGGUGACCGCGACGGUGAUAACCCUGAAGAGGAAGUCGGCGAGGAUGGCGAGCCAAAGAAGCCACCAGUCACAUACGUCCCGCCGGAACCGACGAAUGAUGAGACAGAAAUAUUCAGUAGCACUAUUAGUUCGGGCAUCAACUUCGACAAAUUUGACUGCAUUGCUGUUAAAGUUAGUGGCGAAAAUCCACCACGGCCCGUAGACAGUUUUGAGAGCGCGAAUCUUCGGAAGUAUGUUUUGGACAACAUUCUAAAAUCUGGCUACAAGAAGCCGACGCCUAUACAAAAGCACGCUAUACCCAUUAUAAUGAAUGGGCGGGAUCUCAUGGGCUGCGCACAGACUGGCUCUGGAAAAACUGCGGCCUUCCUACUUCCUAUUAUAAAUGUCCUCUUACAAGAUGUCAGAGAGCUUGUCGUCGGGCCCAAUGGAUGUGCACAACCACAGGUAGUAAUCGUGUCGCCAACACGUGAAUUGACCCUUCAAAUAUUCAAUGAGGCCAGAAAGUUUGCAUACGGGUCUAUAUUAAAGAUAGCAGUUGCGUACGGCGGGACAGCUGUGCGACAUCAAGGAGAUAAUAUUGCUAGGGGCUGUCAUAUACUUGUGGCAACGCCCGGUCGCCUGCAUGACUUCGUGGAGCGCAGUCGAGUAUCAUUCGAUAGUAUCCGGUUCGUAAUAUUAGACGAAGCUGACCGGAUGCUCGAUAUGGGUUUCAUGCCCGCCGUGGAGAAAAUGAUGGAACACCCCACCAUGGUGCCCCCGUCUGACCGUCAAACACUCAUGUUCUCCGCCACAUUCCCUGAAGAUAUUCAGCAUUUAGCGGGUCGGUUUUUGAACAAUUAUUUGUUCGUCGCCGUCGGCAUCGUGGGUGGUGCGAGCACCGAUGUCGAACAGAUCUUCCACGAAGUCAGCAAGUACGAGAAGCAAAAGAUGCUCAAAAAACUAAUUGAAGAAAACGAUGGCAAACGGAUUUUAGUGUUCGUGGAGACUAAGCGAAACGCGGACUUUAUUGCAGCCAUGUUGUCUGAACAACAGAAGCUCACAUCAUCCAUCCAUGGAGACAGAAUGCAGCGAGAGAGGGAAGAAGCUUUACACAAUUUCAAAAGUGGCGGUCAUCUUAUUUUAGUAGCAACAGCUGUAGCAGCUAGAGGACUUGAUAUUAAGAAUGUGGACAUUGUUGUGAAUUACGACCUGCCUAAGAGUAUAGAUGAGUAUGUACAUAGAAUCGGCAGGACUGGUCGUGUUGGGAACAGAGGGAUGGCAGUCUCAUUCUAUGAUUCAGAUCAGGAUGAAGCAUUGAGUGGUGAUCUGGCGAAGAUAUUACGGCAAGCAGAUCAACCUGUGCCAGAUUUCCUGCAGGGUGGCGGCCCAGCCACGUAUAAGGGCAACAAGUAUGGCGGCAGCGACGUGCGGAACUUCAACAACGCCACAUCUGCCGUUGAUCAAGGUCAAGAGCCGGACGAAGAAUGGUAGAGAGAUAAUGACAUUUUGAAGUAUCCAUACAUACACUCGGUGUUUUGACCUUUUAAUUUGUGCAACGUGGUGCGUGUUAUCAUUGGUGCUUAUGCCGUGAAUCCAGUGAAUGUUUUACCUAACCAAUUUAUAAUACACUCUAAUUCAUAACUAACCCUUACGCAGUAACUAUGUCAACUACCAUCAACUUCAUCAAUAUAAGACUGCAACAUCAAAUGUUCGAUUGGUAUUUUAGAUUUUAAGGUGAUAUUUUUAAGGACUAUGUUACCGGUUACCUUUACGUAUUGCAUAAGACCCUUUGGUUCCCCAUUCAUCAUUGUUGUACUUAAGUUUGUUUAAUAUAAGUCUAUUUUUCGUAAUUUAAGGAGCUAUUGAGAUUUUUUCAUUUGUUUAUCGUUUUUGUUCAGGUGUUAAAUCUUCAUUAAGGUAGGGCAAUUGUAGUAAAGUCGGCCCUUUAAAUACAAUGCAAACUGUGAUGUCUUAAUAAUUAAAGUUGCUCAGUUUAAAUUUUAAAAUAGUUUUGUUACUCAUAGGUUUAUCAAGCUGUCUUUUGGAAGUCAGAUAUAAUAUUUUCGUUUACUGUCAAUCUGUCUUUGCUUGUUGAAUCUCAAUUAUUGUACAAAGAUACAAACCUUGUAUAAAACAAAUGUGAACCGCAGAAUUAUUCUAAGAAAUCUUAUUAUAAGACACUAUUUAGGCAGUUUUGCCUAUAGACUCAUUUCCUGUACAAAUUGGAGUAUGUUUUAUAUUAUAAUCUGUGAUGAUUAUUAUAAGUAGAGAUAGAUUUACAUCAUCCUAUGCCAUAGAUAUUGUUUAGUUCAAAAUUAUAGUAUGUAAUUGCAUCAAAAGCAAUGUUACAAUUCGAUUUAAUGAGGUCAAAUGAUUGUAAGACAAUCCCAACUACAGUGAUUUGAUUAAACUUUUUGUUGUUAAUGGUUACUUUAAUU